GCCUUUGGUCAUUUCCCCGUGGUUCUACUGAUCUUCUCGGGUACGCAAUUAGUUCGUACUUAUCUUCUUCUCAAUUACCCUCUUCUGCUUCCAUGAACAAAAUUCCCGGGUUCAUAUUCUUUCAUUUGAUUUGAUUCGAUUUCGCUCGGGGUAUUGGACUCUGUUAAAUUUUAUUGAACAUGAAUCGAUCGUAAUGUGUUUUGGUUUGGGAUGUUUGCAGUUUCUUGGUCUUUUUAUCGAAGUUUGUUUAGAUUGAGUUGUAGGGAUUUCAGUCUUUGGCGGGAAAUUCUGCGUUAGGGUUAUUGGUUAGAGUUUUGAGGUAUAGACGGUUAUGGAUUCACAGUUUGAUAGUUCCUCUAAUCCCACAGAGGGGUUCGAAUUGAAUGCCGGGUCUGAUCAGAACCCCCUUUUGACAACCGCAUUCGAAUUCAAAGACGAUGAUCAGAACCCCUUCUUGACGGACCAAUUUGAAUUAAGAGACGACUCUUUUGAUAUCAACUUCAGGGAUUUUCCUUCUCCUCCACUGGAGCUAGACUCGGUUAAUUUGGCUCCGCUAGUAGAUUCUUCCAAGGAGAGCGACUUUUCUGAUCUUGUUGAGGUCAUAGAUCAUAUACUGAGGGAAGAGGAUAUGCAGAAUAAGUCGAGCAUGUUCCACGACCCUUUGGCUCUCCAAGCUGCCGAGAAAUCGUUCGGUGAAGUCCAUGGCAACGACCAUUCUCCCUCGCACAUUCAACCCCAACUUCAGAGCCCUAACAAUUUUUCUAGUGAUUGUGGUUGUAGCAGCAGUAGUGGUAUUGAGUCUGUCGAACAUUUGGUUCAACCUGGGUUGAUUAGUGACCGGGGAGAACAUGACCCCUCUUUUUCGCAAUCCUCUCCUCUUCUCGUGAGCUGUGCUUAUCACUCCACUGUGGAGUCCACUUCACAAAUGCCCCUCAGUUCUCUGAACAGCUCCGGUAGUAGUUUUAAUGGGCUUGCGGGCUCCUCUCUAAGUACAUGCCUUGCUCCAAAUGCUUUCAAUGAGAGUGAGACUGCCGUGCUGUUUCGAAGAGGGAUGGAGGAAGCUAGUAAAUUCCUACCUCGUGAAAAUCUAUUAACUAUAGGUCUGGAGAGCCUUAAAUUGCCUCCAAAGUCUAAAGGUGAUGCUCCCGAGGUAGAGGAGAGGAAGUAUUCACAAAGUUGGUCAAAGGGAAGGAAGAAUCAUCAUAGAGAGGAUAUCAAUACAGAUAUAGAAGAAGGGAGAAGUAACAAGCAGUCAGCAGUUUAUGUGGAAGAGACUGAGUUGCCGGAGAUGUUUGAUAGAGUUUUGCUUAGUGACGAAGGGCGUGAGAAUUAUCUCGAGUGUGUUGCUGAUGAAGAUUCGCAGAAUGGAGCAGGCAACUCAUUGCAGCGAAAUGGGGAACCAAGCCGAUUAAAUGCUAGGAGCCCUGCAACAAAACGGAGAAAUAAGAAAGAAGGGGUAGAUUUGAGGACACUCCUUAUUCUGUGUGCACAAGCUGUCAAUGCUGAUGAUAACAGGACUGCAAAUGAACUGUUGAAGCAGAUUUGGCAGCACUGUUCCCCUUCUGGUGAUGGGUCUCAAAGGACUGCCCAUUACUUUGCUGAUGCCCUUGAGGCACGCUUGGCUGGCACAGGAACUCAACUUUAUACUGCCAUUGCUUCCAAGAGGACUUCAGCUGCUGAUAUGUUGAAAGCCUACCAACUCUAUCUCUCAGCAUCCCCUUCAAAAAAGAUUGCUAUUAAGUUCUCAAACCACUACAUUUUUACCUUGUCCGAGAAAGCAACAACACUUCAUAUCAUAGAUUUUGGUAUCCAGUAUGGAUUCCAGUGGCCCAUGCUUAUCCAGCGUCUCUCAGCUAGAUGCAAGCUUCUUAAGCUUCGCAUUACAGGGAUAGAUCUUCCCCAACCUGGUUUUCGCCCAGCAGAAAGAGUUGAGGAGACAGGGCGUCGUCUGGCAAAGUAUUGUGAGCGUUUUAACAUUCCAUUUGAGUACAAUGCUAUAGCCCAGAAAUGGGAAAGUAUCCAAAUUGAAGACCUCAAGAUUAACAGAAAUGAGUUAAUUGCUGUGAAUUGCCUGUUUCGAUCUAAGAAUCUACUUGAUGAGACUGUUAUGGUAAACAGUCCUAGGAAUGAUGUUCUAAACUUAAUCCUGAAGAUAAAUCCUGAUAUCUUCACUCAUUCUGUUGCUAAUGGAUCCUUUAGCAGUCCCUACUUUGUCACACGGUUCCGGGAGGCAUUCUUCCACUUUUCGGCAUUGUUUGAUAUGCUUGAUACUAACUUAACGAGUGAAAAUGAACAGAGGAUGAUGUUUGAGAGAGAGUUUUGUGGAUGGGAGAUUAUGAAUGUCAUAGCAUGUGAGGGUCUGGAGAGGGUUGUUAGGCCUGAGACAUACAAGCAGUGGCACGUCCGUAGUCUGAGGGCUGGGUUCAGGAAGUUUCCAUUGGACCGGGAACUCGUGGAGAAAUUGAGGGCUGAGGUGAAAGCUGGUUAUCAUAAAGAUUUUGUGGUUGAAGAAGAUGGCCAUUGGAUGCUGCAAGGAUGGAAAGGCCGAAUUAUUUAUGCUAGCUCAUGUUGGAUUUCUGCACAGAAGUCUUAAGGGCAGCUUUCCAGAUCAUAGAAUAAAGGAACUAUGAAAUUGUCCGAAACUGGAUUACUGCCUUUUGCUCAUUGCUAUGUGCAAUGGCAAAGGCAAUGCUAUUCUGCGAAUAUUGAUCUCUCUCUCUCUCUCUCUCUCUCUCUCUCUCAUGCACGCAAACGAGCACAAGCACAAACACAUGCAAGUUCAUUGAUGUAUCUGCAUACAUUCCGCAGUUGUGGCACUGAGUACCUUUGUUCAGAACACACUUGCGGUGCGCAGGCCUUAUCAUGCUGUCUUCUGAGUGAUGCAUAAUAUCUUGUCACUGCUAUAAAUUUGUAGUUUGAAUGCUUUUAUGGAAGGUCACGAAGGCAGUUAGUGAUAGGCUUGUAAUGAAAUUGCUUCUGCAAAAUGGGAGAUUCGGCUUGAAGUGAUGAAGAGGCUGUGUAAUUACAUUACAGAGCUAGAUGGAUUGCUAAUCAUGACAUUUUUCUAUUCCACUUGGCUCACUUCAUAUUUGGUGAGAAUGAAAAUUGGGUGUUUGUGCUCGUCUGCAUGUUUUGUAAAUCUAUACCAAGUUACGGCAUUUAUGUUGUCAGCUAUAUCAAUGAGAGUGGAGUUUUGGCAACUUAA